AAAGUCCUACUUAUAUUUAUUCCCCCAAACAAAGCACUCUCUCUUCUCCCAACUUGUAUUCGAUAGAGAACAAAACAAACAUGAAAAUCCUCUUUGUCUUCUUCUACCUCUGUCUUUCAUCUUUCGUCGUGGUGCAAGUUUUAUCUACAGGGACAAACAAAGCUAAGGAGAACCCAUUUACAGCAAAAGCUUCCCUGAUUCGUUACUGGAACAAACACAUUUCCAACAAUCUUCCAAAGCCACCAUUUCUUAUCUCCAAGGCUUCUCCACUAAACGCCAUUGACUUGGCGAAGCUCACCAAACUCCCCAACAUGAACUCUCUAUCUUCCCACAUUGAAUCUUUUUGUUCCUUAGCCAAUCUUUUCUGUUUAUUUGAGGACUCCUCGAAACCAGACGUUGUUGGCAAGCGUAACCAGGAUGCAGACUUCGCGGUGUAUUCCAGUAAAAGCUUUUCAGGUUAUGGCAGGUCAAGACUUGGAGGGGUCGACUCAUUCAAGAACUACUCGGAUGGGUUAAAUACUCCCAGUGAAUCUUUUAAGAAAUACAGCAGGGAAUCAAACGGCCAUAUAGAAGAGUUCACAAGCUAUGCCAAAGACGCCAAUGUUGCUACAGACAACUUCACCAACUAUGGCUCCAGCGCCACAGGCGGCUCUGGCGAGUUCAAUAACUAUCAGGAACGAGUUAACGUGCCAAAUCUCCGAUUCACCACCUAUGACUCGGAUGGUAACAACCAUAAACUCUCUUUCUCAAGCUAUAGCUCCGAGACAAACUCAGGCUCCGAAGCAUUCAUUAGUUAUGGCAAGAACGGCAAUGCAGUUCCUGCUGAGUUCAGUAGCUACAGUGAUAAUGCAAACACUAUUGGGUCGAGUUUUACGGGGUAUGGAGAGUUAGGGAACGCACCAAACGACUCGUUUAAAGCCUAUGGCAACUCAGGUAACAACCCGCAUAACAACUUUAAAAGCUAUGGUUUAGCGGCUAACUCGGGGAUUAAUAGCUUUACUAGCUAUCGAGAUUCUGCUAAUGUUGGAGAUGAUUCCUUUCAAUCUUAUGCAAGGAAUUCAAAUUCCGGGAAAGUGAACUUUGCAAAUUAUGGGAAGACAUUUAAUGUUGGAAAUGAUACAUUCAAAGAAUAUGGUCAUGGUUCCACUGGUUCCACUACAAUAGGGUUCAAAAUCUAUGGAUUGGACCCUUCAUUCAAAGAUUAUGCUAAAAAGGGUGUCACAUUUGCUGGAUACACGAAUUCAAGCUCUAAAGAAAUACUAGCAUCUUCACAUAUUAGUGGUGUUUCAGUAAAUAGAUGGGUUGAACCAGGUAAAUUCUUUAGGGAGUCCACGUUGAAGCAGGGGAAUGUCAUGGUGAUGCCCGACAUUGAGGACAAAAUGCCCAAAAGGUCAUUUUUGCCCCGGGGGAUUUUAUCCAAAUUACCAUUUUCAAUCUCCCGCCUAUCUGAGAUUAGGGAAAUUUUUGGUGCACCGGAGAAUUCAAGCAUGGAGCGUGUUCUAAUCAACGCGCUGACAGAAUGCGAGAGGCCGCCCAGCCAAGGUGAGACCAAGCGGUGCGUUGGCUCUGUUGAGGACAUGAUUGACUUCGCCACAUUGGUCUUGGGGCACAAUGUUACGGUCCGAACAACACAAAAUGUGAAGGGAUCAAAGCAAGAGAUCACGAUUGGAAAAGUCAGAGGAAUAAACGGUGGCCAUAUGACAAAAUCAGUAUCAUGCCAUCAGAGUUUGUAUCCGUACCUACUCUAUUAUUGUCACUCGGUGCCCAAGGUUAGGGUUUAUGAAGCUGAAAUUCUUGACGUUAAAAGUCAAUCCAAGAUUAAUCAUGGUGUUGCCAUUUGUCAUCUUGACACGUCAGCUUGGAGCCAGAGUCACGGAGCCUUUGUGGCACUGGGGUCCAGCCCUGGUCGAAUUGAAGUCUGCCAUUGGAUCUUUGAGAAUGACAUGAGUUGGACAAUAGUCGAUUAAUUAUUUUAAAGUUAAUUUUGAUUAUAUUUAAUUAUUGUUAUUAAGGAAUGUUACUUGAAAAGUCUACCUCUCAUAUGCUCCCUUCUAAAGGGUUUCAAUUGUUUUGUUUUGCUAUAAUUAUAUAAAGUGUUUUUUGGUUGGUUCAAUAAAUCAAAAUAUAGUACUCCACAGAUUAACCAAUCUCAAACAGAAGCACCAAAGCCUAACCACUAACAUAAAAGUGCAGUUAUACUGCUUUUUUCUUUUUUUUUUUGGUGAAAGAGUUAUGCUGCUUUUUCAUUGCUGUCAGUGGAUACCAGCUGGAGUAAUUGCGAGUAUUGAAAUCUGUGAAGAGAGUUGUCUGUAUCUUCAAGAGGAAGCAGAAUUACUGUUAUUAUUCAUCGAAUGUAUAUAUCUCCAUCCCAUUUUCUUUCUUUUCACUUUUAACUAGAUCUUGAUUUCCUUGUCUGCUUCUAUUUCUCCACCACUUACUCUCUAGAUGAA